AAACAGGGGUGUUUCAGGAUCCCGAGGACUAGAGGGGAAACCAUCAGGGCGUCUUUUGGGGCAUCGGUGCUCCCUACAUCUUCUCAAGCACUUCCUCUGCCUCUAACCUUUCUCUUAACCGGCCUUUUAGGACCGGAAGCCCUUCCUCUUGAGCGUCCAGUGCUUGAAGCUGCUGCCUUUCUCUACCGGAAGCCUUUUUCCAGGGGCUAGGAAGACGGCCCACCCGGCCGGAAGUCCCACCUCCUUGCGCUCCCCCACCCUUCCAGAAGUUUUUCUGUCACCCCUGCUUCCUUCAAUCCCCUCUCCCGGUUUUAUCCUCAACCUAGAAACUAGGAAAGGAUACGUUUAGUGUUUCUCUACCAGCUCUACAAAACAGGUUGACUCCCUCACUCCCUGAGUCGAGGUUCCUUCUCCGGCGCCCCCAUGUAGCUAGGAAGUGGAACCUGGGGGUAGUGGGACCCCUGGGAUCCUGAGGGAGGGGCGAGGAGGACGCAGAACCCCGCUUCUGCUCCUGCUACCCAGGCGGCGGCUCCUCAGCCUCUCCCCUCCCGCUGCCAUGCACCCUGCGGCCUUCCCGCUUCCUGUGGUUGUGGCCGCUGUGCUGUGGGGAGCGGCCCCCGUCCGGGGGCUCAUUAGAGCGACCUCGGACCACAACACCAGCAUGGACUUUGCAGACCUCCCGGCACUUUUUGGGGCAGCCCUGAGCCAGGAGGGACUCCAGGGGUUCCUUGUGGAGGCUCACCCAGCCAAUGCCUGCAGCCCCAUUGCGCCACCACCCCCAGCCCCAGUCAAUGGGUCCAUCUUUAUUGCACUGCUUCGAAGAUUCGACUGCAACUUUGAUCUCAAGGUCCUGAAUGCUCAGAAAGCUGGUUAUGGUGCAGCUGUGGUACACAACGUGAAUUCCAACGAACUUCUGAACAUGGUGUGGAAUAGCGAGGAAAUCCAGCAGCAGAUCUGGAUCCCAUCUGUGUUUAUUGGGGAAAGGAGCUCUGAGUACCUGCGUGCCCUCUUCGUCUACGAGAAGGGGGCUCGGGUGCUGCUGGUCCCAGACAAUACCUUUCCCUUGGGCUAUUACCUCAUCCCUUUCACAGGGAUUGUGGGACUGCUAGUGUUGGCCAUGGGAGCAGUGAUGAUAGUUCGUUGUAUCCAGCACCGGAAACGGCUCCAGCGGAAUCGACUGACCAAAGAGCAGCUCAAACAGAUUCCUACACAUGACUAUCAGAAGGGAGACCAGUAUGAUGUCUGUGCCAUCUGUCUGGACGAGUAUGAGGAUGGGGACAAACUGAGGGUGCUCCCUUGUGCUCAUGCUUACCACAGCCGCUGUGUGGACCCCUGGCUCACUCAGACCCGGAAGACCUGCCCCAUCUGCAAGCAGCCCGUCCACCGGGGUCCUGGUGAAGAGGAUCAGGAGGAAGAAACUCAGGGGCAAGAGGAGGGUGAUGAGGAAGGGGAGCCAAGGAACCACCCAGCCACAGAACGGACCCCACUCUUGGGCUCUAGCCCCACUCUUCCCACCUCUUUUGGCUCCCUAGCCCCAGCCCCUCUUGUUUCUCCCAGGCCUGCAGAUGCCCCACCCUCUCCUUCUUCAGCUGCCAUACUGGUCUAAUAUCCCUUCCCCCCAUCUCCAGUGACCUAUUUGCACAGCCCCUCUUCUUCCCUCUGGUCUUCUAUGUGGAGGUAGGGGACAUUCCAGCCCCAGGUUUCUCCUUUACCCCACCCCAUCCUUUUGAGCGGUUUGGGGAGGGGCAAAGGGACUGGGUCUUCACUUUUUAAUAAAAUUGUUUUUCUGGACUAA